AUGAAAGUCUUAACUAAGAUCAUCUUCUUGUUCUUGGUAUCGAUAUUCGCAGUCCGACUCGAUGCUGCUUUCAUUUACAUGGACUGGCACGUCGCGGUUGAUUACACAAUCAACCCCAUAUCAUUUACCCAACCGGUGAUCACCAUUAAUGGAAUGUUUCCAGGCCCGCUUAUAAACGCGACCACCAAUGAUAUUAUUCGUGUCAAUGUCUUCAACGACAUGGAUAUUGAACCCUUACUUAUAACUUGGAACGGGAUACAACAAAGGCUUAAUUCGUGGCAAGAUGGUGUGUCGGGUACCAAUUGUCCCAUUUUGGCUGGCAAGAAUUGGACUUAUGAGUUUCAAGUUAAAGAUCAAAUUGGUAGUUUCUUUUACUCUCCUUCCAUUAACUUCAUCAAAGCAGCCGGUGGCUAUGGACCAAUCCGUGUCAAUAACCGUAAUGUCAUUGCGGUUCCCUUCCCCAAGCCCGAAGCCGAGUUUGAUCUUCUUAUUGGAGAUUGGUUUUACACCGAUUACAAGUUUAUCCGGUCAGCCAUAUCACAGGGAACAGAGUUCUUCAAGCUGCCCGACGCACUUCUAAUGAAUGGGAAUGGUCCUUUCGGGCAUCCAUCGUCGAAAUCUCACGAGUCUUUGACUGUGGAAAAGGGUAAGACAUAUAGAUUGAGGAUAUCGAAUGUAGGGACAGGAUUGAGCUUUAACUUUAGGAUUGAGAAACAUCGGAUGGUGGUGGUUGAGACGGAGGGAUCAUACACGGAUCAGAUUGAGCUAGACUCUCUGGAUGUUCAUGUUGGGCAAUCCUACUCUGUGCUCGUUACAGCAGAUCAAGAAGAUGGUGUAGAUUAUUACAUUGUGGCUUCACCAAAGCUUGUAAACACUAGCACAGACAGUACUAAAGAGACGUUGGUGGCUAGAGGAGUGCUUCACUACAAGAAUUCUAACAUACUGCCCAGUGGACCCUUUCCAAAAGGUCCUGAUCCAUUUGAUCUUGAUUUUUCAAUUAAUCAAGCCAAGUCCAUCAGGUGGAAUAUGACGGCUGGGGCUGCAAGACCUAACCCGCAAGGAACAUUUAACGUAUCAAACGUAACACUUUCACAAACUUUCAUCCUCCAUGGAUCAAAAUCAUAUAUUAAUGGAGCUCCUCGAAAUGUCGUAAACAAUGUGUCUUAUAUCGAUCAAGGCACACCUGUAAAGCUCGCAGACUAUUUUGUCAACGGCUCGGGAAUCUACGAUCUCGACAAAUUCCCCAAACACCAUAUAAGAAAAACGGCUACUUACAAAACCUCGGUAGUAUCCGGGACUCACAAGGGAUGGUUAGAAAUAGUAUUCCAUAAUGAUUUUAGUAAUGCUAUGGACUCUUGGCACUUGGACGGGUUUGGGUUCUAUGUGGUCGGGUUUGGUCAUGGAGAAUGGAGCCCGAGUGAGCGUAGCACUUAUAAUCUGUUGGAUCCGGUGGUGCGAUCCACGGUUCAAGUUUACCCGGGCGGGUGGAGCGCGGUUUAUGCUUAUAUGGAUAACCCGGGAAUGUGGAACUUAAGAUCGCAGCAUUUGAUGAAUUGGUAUUUAGGUCAAGAACUAUAUGUAAGGGUCCAUGAUGAUGAUCCAAACCCGGCUAAGGAACGUCCACCACCAAAUAACCUACUCUUAUGUGGUUAG